AUGUUCUCGGGACUGAAAAGUUGGCCACGGGGAAAACUUUGGAUGGUGCUAAAAAAAUGUUGCAUCCGCAGAUUCAGUACCAUGUAACAAAACACCAUUUAUUAAUUUUAGGUAAGUUACUGUAGGUGCACAGACGGACGCGUCUGGCACACCUCGAUUACGAAUACGCGGACCAGAAGGAUACAUUUGGAAAUGCAGGGCAACUGUCCGGGCCCAACAUCCACCCCAAGGGACUCCAUGACCGGUGGAAGCAGGGUGUGAAGAGUGUGUGCGUGUGUGUGUGUGUGUGGGCACGAGCAUUUGGGACGCGUUGCUGAGCCCAAAAAAGCAACAGGGGGAGGCCGCGGCGCCCAUGGCUUGGGAAAAGAAGAAGAAGAAGGCUGGAGUGCUCCCUCCAGACGGCGGCUGGGGGUGGAUGAUUGUGGCCGGCUGCUUUGUGGUCACUGUCUGCAGCCGUGCCGUGACGAGAUGCAUCUCUAUCUUCUUUGUGGAAUUUCAAAUGCAUUUUGCACGUGAUUAUUCUGGAACAGCAUGGAUCCAUUCAUUAGUAGACUGCACCACCAUGCUUUGUGCUCCGCUGGGCAGCCUCAUCGGGAAUCACCUGUCAUGCCGCGUGGCUGUGAUACUGGGAGGAUUUCUGGCCUCUAUCGGUUUGGUGCUUAGCUCCUUCGCCACUAGUCUGGAGUACCUCUACCUCAGUCUGGGGGUCUUAACCGGGCUCGGUUUUGCCCUCUGUUACACACCGGCCAUCGCUAUGGUAGGAGUUUACUUCUGCGAGAGAAAGGCUUUGGCGUACGGCAUCGCCAUGUCCGGCAGUGGCAUCGGGACGUUCGUUCUGGCCCCCGUCGUGCAGCUGCUGAUCGAACACUACUCGUGGCGGGGAGCCCUCCUCAUCUUGGGGGGCCUGGUUUCAAACCUGUGCGUGUGUGGUGCUCUCUUGCGCCCCAUCGCUUUGAGGGAGAGGGAGGCCUACCCGCUACCUGUGAACUCUGAAUGCGGGUGUGGCGCCAGCCCCCAGGGGGCUGUCGGGCCCGAGCUGGAGAGACCACCACAGCCGGGCGAGCAGCGCUGUCUGCAGCCCUUGCAGGAGUACCAGUUCCUGCUCAUGCCCAACUUCCUGGCCCUGGCUGGCUCUUUCCUGUUCCUGGCCAGUGGCUGCAGCCUGCCGUUCGUGUACCUGGUGCCCUACGCACUGGACGUGGGUGUCAGCCAUCACCACGCGGCCUUCCUCAUGUCCAUACUGGGGGUCAUCGACAUUGUCGGCAACGUCACGUUCGGCUGGCUCACCGACAGGAGGUGCCUGAAACAGUACAGGAGCGUGUGCUACAUGUUCGCCGUGGGGAUGGAAGGCCUCUGCUGCUUCCUCGUCCCUCUCCUGCGGACAUUCGCCCUGCUGGUGCCUUUCUCCGUGCUCUACGGCUACUUCGACGGCGCCUACGUUGCCCUAAUACCCGUAGUGACGUCCGAUGUGGUGGGAACGAGAUACCUCUCCUCCGCCCUUGGGGUGGUGUACUUCCUGCACGCGUUUCCGUACCUGGUCAGCCCUCCGAUCGGAGGCUGGUUGGUGGACACCACAGGCACCUACACUGCCACCUUCCUCCUCAGUGGCUUCGCCUUGCUCUCUAGUGCCCUCCUGUUGGCCACAGUCACCGCCGUGCGUCAUUGCCAAGCAAUUCCGAGGAAUAGGCCAGGCAAGGACCGCACACGGGAAAAGUGUGAAGCCCAACAGCCAGACUUUAUGACCACUAAUAAGGACCUAUUGAUUAGAAAUCCAGCCACCUUAUAGCAUCGGACCUGUCC